AAACGUAUUUUACUUUACAGUUCCGGACAGGCGGACCGAAAGUGCUUCGCUAGUCAGAGUGUAAUCAGCGUGACGUUUGCCAGCGUAAACAAAAGUCGCUCUCGGUGCGUGUGCUAUUUUCGGGAAAGUCGCUAGACUUGUGAAAACUAAGUGAAAAGUUUGCGUAAAAUUCAAAUCACGUAAGCAGAAAUACUCGUGAAACCAUGAACAAGCGUACAGAGAUACCGAAGCGCCACCUGUUCGAUGGUAGUGAUUUCAAUGUCUACGAUCAGCAGCUCGCCAAUUUGUCUGCCGGUGCACCAGGGCCGGAUUUGUUGAGCGAGUGCAGCGAGAUCUUUCGCAUUGCUACCGAGCAUAGGAUGAAAUUUGAAUUGGAAAACAAUUCGUACCUAUUUCAAUAUGGACCUACGAUUGGAACCACCGAGUUUCGUCAAACCUUAGCUGAAUUCCUAUCCAAAGGCUAUCAGUCCGAUGUUAACAAGUCAGAUCUAGUGCAAACGUCCGGAGCAACACAUGGACUCCACCUGAUUCUGUCGACUCUAAUCGAUUUGGCUGGCGUUAUCUUCGUAGACGAAGUCACCUACAUGAUAGCUCUGGAAACUUUUCGUCAGUUUGAUACGAUGAAAAUUGUUACAGUUCCUUUGAGAGAAGAUGGUCCGGAUAUAGGCGUUCUGUCUACAUUGAUCAAUCAACACAAGUUCAAACUAUCUGGCAACAAAAUAUUCUGGGGAGUCUACUAUACGAUUCCAACGUUCCACAAUCCAACUGGGAUUUUAUUUUCGGAUGAAAUUAAUAAACAACUGAUAAGAUUGGCCAGAUCGAGCGAAAUUUUGAUAGCCUGUGACGAUGUGUACAAUCUGCUUUACUACUCGUCUGAUGAGGCCAAUUCCACCGGUAAACAACACCUAACACCUCCGAAGCGUCUAUUUGCAUACGAUAUUGAUGACAUCGAGAGCGAUGGCUGGAAGGGCAAUGUUAUUUCCAAUGGAUCGUUCUCGAAGAUUCUUUCACCAGGAAUCCGACUUGGUUGGAUGGAAUGUCCGCCGCGGUGCAUGGAAGUGCUUCGCAACAGUGGUGUCCUGAAGAGUGGUGGAGCGGCCAACAACUACACCGGAGGGAUCGUGACCAGCAUGAUCCAACUGGGAUUAGCUCAACAACAGCUUCGUUUGUAUGCAGACAAAUACGCAGAUCGUUUGAGGGCUGCGUGCAUGGCGCUGAACACCAAGCUGCCUAAAAAGUGCUCGUUCAUUGCACCGAACGGAGGAUACUUCUUAUGGAUUCGUUUUCCGGAGGGAGUUGAUUGCAACGAUUUCAAUCAGUACUGUAUGCAAAACUUUGGCGUUUUGGCAAUCGCUGGGAGUCGAUUCUCCUCCGGUGGUUCUCAUCAAAAUUUUAUGAGAUUAACGUUUGCCUUCCAUGAAGCUGAGUUAUUGAAGGCGAGCGUUGGAAAAUUAUGUCUGGCUAUUGAAGCGUACCUGGUUGAAAAAGGCUUUUGAAGAAAAUCAACCUGAACAUUGCAUUAGGUCCUAAGUAACAUUGACAGAUUCUCUUCGGCGACUUUCUCUUUGUAUCCCCAUGGCCAUGUAAAAAAUUUCCCAGGCAUUUUCAGCACACAUAUCGAUAAAAUAAGCUUUUAUCUAGCAUCUAAUAUGACAAGCACAACAAGAAACGAUUAUGUGCUCAAGUUACUAACGAAAGAGAAAGUCGACGAAGACAAUCGAUCACUGUUACUUUGAACCUAUCUGCAUAUCUUACCAAACUAUUUAUCAAGAAC